CAGCUGCGCACACACAGGCUCCCAGGAUACGGCGCCCCACACGCUGUACAGCACGCCGCGUUCUGGACGCCCCGGCCGCCACACACCGAGACACACCUCAGCGACAACCUGGAUCCACAAAAAGGAGGCCCUGCACCCUUAAAAAUAUUAACAUCUUUCUGCAAAGAACUAGAAGCCCCGGCUUGCGCCUGCGCCCCUUGUUCCCCGCCGCACCUUUCCUUGUAGUUUUUAAGAAAUCUAUUUCUGCACGCAUUUCGUCGCCGCCGCCCCCAUCCCUACACACACACACACACACACACACACACACACACACACACACACACCCCUUCCCCCUACACCGACCCCCUCCCUUUCAGAUUCGGCGCGCCUCGGAGAGCGGGAUUGAAAGGGAAAGAGCGGGGCCGUCUUUGUCGUUAAUCCUCCCCUCCUUCGGGCGAGCCAAGCUUCUUCCGGGUCAGCGACCAUCCCCGCCACCCCACUCAGGGCCGCGGCCCCCCAGCAGCGCUAGCCCGGGGCCCACGAGCACACGCCCCGCUGCCGGCAGGUUGCGGAGGGCGGAGGGCGGGAGCGGGCGGCGCGGCGCGGGGAGGUGGGGGGAGGGGCCGGCGUCCCAGGCGGCGGCGGCGGCGGCGGCGGGAGCAGCCUCUGGCAGCAGCGGGGAGAAUGGGAGUGCGGGGCGCCAGACCGCCGCGGGGUGUCACGGCCGCCACCAAGCCUGCGAGGCGCGGGGCCGGCGCCCGCGGCUUUUAAACCCGGGAAGGCGCGGCGGCGGCGGCGGCGGCAGCGGGCAGAUCGCGGCGCGCACCCGGCGCCGGGGCGGCGGCCGAAUGGAGAGGAAGGGUUCGGCGGCCGGGGCCAAGGGGAACCCGAGCCCGCCCGCGGCCGGAGACGGGCAGCGGCCACCGCCGCCGCUGAGCGUCCCGGGAGGCGGCGGUGGAGCCCCGGCGCGGGGCCAGGUCGGGGCGGCGGCCGAGCCUGCCGAGCUCAUCCGGCGAGCGCACGAGUUCAAAAGCCAAGGGGCGCAGUGCUACAAGGACAAGAAAUUCCGUGAAGCCAUCGGCAAAUACCACCGGGCGUUGCUGGAGCUGAAGGGGCUGCUGCCGCCCCCCGGGGAACGGGAGCGCGACUCGCGCACGGCCUCCCCGGCCGGGGCCCCCAAGCCCGGCCGCCUCUCGGAGGAGCAGAGCAAGACGGUGGAAGCCAUCGAGAUCGACUGUUACAACAGCCUGGCAGCCUGCCUACUCCAGGCUGAGCUGGUGAACUACGAACGCGUCAAGGAAUAUUGCCUCAAAGUCUUGAAGAAGGAAGGGGAGAACUUCAAGGCCCUUUAUCGGUCUGGUGUGGCCUUCUACCACCUUGGGGACUAUGACAAAGCACUCUACUACCUGAAAGAAGCAAGGACCCAACAACCAACAGACACCAACGUGAUUCGGUAUAUCCAGCUGACGGAGAUGAAGCUCAGCCGAUGCUCCCAGAGAGAGAAAGAAGCCAUGUAACCAGGAAGCAGCUCCAGAGCUGCGCCCACGCCUGACCAGCGACUUCUGGGCACGCCCUGGCAGAGAGCCCUGUCCUGGGUUCUGUCUGUUUUUCCCCACUUCUUCUGGCUCCCCCUUUUCUCCUCCUGUUGCACCUCAACUCUUUGUCUCCUCCCAAUGUGAAAAGAAGGAGAGAUGCAAAUUUGGAAUCUGGUAGGUAGCCCGGACAAUGGAGACAUCCUCUCCUCUAGCAGGUCAGCGACUGAGAGGGGCCCGACUUCUGCUGGGACAGCUGGAGAGGAGUCUCACCGGCUGGAAUGCUGUUGUGGCUUUGACUUUGGCCAGUGCUUCUGACCGAGGUGGAACCUGCCAGGUGUAUCUUCCCACAGGCAGCAGGCACACAGCCCAGGGGCUGGAUCCUUCUACGCCUUCCUGAAAGACAAGAGCCAGAGCGUCUCAAGGCAAUGGUUAGAAAUCCAGGGACGAGACAAACAGCAGAAGCACUGCAGAAGCCGACACGGAGACUGCGAAUGUGUACACUGGAGUUCCCACCGCCCCACCCACCACCAGCCACCUCAGCCCCCGCCCCCUUCACCCUCUUGUUGUGCUUUCUCCUCUCCCCCUCGGGGAUCCGAGACUCUGCCAGAAUUCACAUGCCACUGAAGCCCACUCUCGGUGCCCUCUGGUGACCACACAUACCAUUCCCCCAGACUCCCACCCAACAGGCAGCCGUGACCACAGAAGGGCAGAGUGAAGUAGGCCAAGGUUUGGGGCAGGGUGAUUACAUAGGUGACAGGGAGGGAAAGACGACAGCCAGGGGAAAGAGCAUCGUAUAGGCUAGGAGAUUGAACUGUGGACCAAUUCAGUGUAAAUAAAAAUAAAUGGACAGGUAGUAGUUCCUGCCAUUUCUGUUGGAAGCAGCCCACUCCUUCACUUUUACCCCCUGCUCCAGCGCUCAAUCAGAGCUACUUAGAGCCAGGCAGGAUGGGACUUCCCCCAAAGCAAUUGGCCAUUUGUCCACUGGCAGACAAUAGUGGCUGCAGCCUUUGUGCUUUUAAGAGUGGGCUGGGAUUGUGGAGACUGCCCGAGGGUGUGGCUUUGUCAGAACUUGUACAAUCUUCUUUUGAUGAAAUUAUCUGAACUCAAUAUCUAGCACAUAGAAUGUGUUCAACAAAUAUUUGUUGAAUGAAUAAAUUAUGACUGCAGACUGGCUCUCCUGCCUUAAACUAAUUUCAUCCCAGCCUAGUCUCCCGAUGUCUGUGCUCGUUAUGCUACGCCAUGUUGCUUCAGUCAAGCAAGAAACAUUUACUGGGGCGUACUGUUUGCCCAUCAUUGUGCAAUAUGCUGUGGGACAUGGGGUGUCAGUCUCAGUCUUCAAGGAGAUGGAAGGGUUGAGAAAUGCAUAUGAGAUUAUUACCAAUGACACCUUUAAUUUAUAUGAUGCUUUAAAAUUAUCAGAGCACUUUCAUGUAUUUUUUGUGUGACUAGUGAAAAAGACAAUGUUGUACAAAAUUAAAAUACAUACAGAUGCAAUAAUGUGAAUAGUUAGGAUUUAUUAAAUGCACUAUCUUCAGAUCUUUA